GCAGCGAAAGGCGAGAGUGGAUGCUGGCGCCGGCGUCGAAAUCCAUCGCAUCCGCAGGCGUUGGCGGCGGAACUGGCGAGGCGCCGGCGCUGCGUUGGCGCCCGGAACGGUGAAUGUUGCGCGCUCCCCGGAUUUUCCCCGAGGGCUCGAGACGCUGAUUCAGCCCGCAGAUGAAGGGAUCACCCCUAGGAUUACCGUCGGUUUUGCGUCGCAAGUCCAGCGAGGAUUUGACGCGAGUGCGAACGUGGUUGGGAAUGCAGCAUCCACUGGCCCCAUCACUGAGGAGCACUUGAUCGCCUCAGCCUGAUGGGUCGGCGGAAGCUGAGGAAGACUGCCCAGCUGGCCGCCUGGUCCCUGCUGGGUCUGCUAGCCCUGGUGGCCCUGCUGGGAGCCCCACCCUGGCCCAGCGGGUCGGCCGUGCCGGAAGAGCUGCUCGCCCACCCCUUCUGGAACUACAACCCGGAGCUGGAAGAGCCCAGGGACCCCCGGCAGGGCUGCUCUCUGCCCAGGGUCCACCCGUUCCAUCCCGUCGUCUGGCCGCACCUCAAGGCCACCGUCCCGCUCGUCUGCAAGAUUCGACAACCUUGGCUCACUUACGUGGACGUCUGGGGAAACCUGCGGUUCAACGGGACCUCUGGCUACGACCUUGGUUCACUGCGCUGCUUCUACAGGCCCAUCCGGCGCGUCACCGACGACGUCGUCGAUUACGGGGACCCGGUGCCCUUCAGCCAAGACCCCACACCACUCACUGACGACGUCGUAUUGGUCACGUGUCGCAACUUCAUUGAGUUUCCAGUCUAUACAAACAUCCACGCCGUCGUGAGACCUCCACCCAAACAUGACAAGAAACAGUCGACGAGUCGCGACUCUCAAGACGGGAAGGGGAUAAAAUCGCACGAGGGACUCCAGGAGGAUCACCAGAAGAGUAACGGUUUCAUACAGCGGGGCUCUGGGCAGGAACUCCAAGGGUUGCCGGAUAGGAAAGGUCAGCUGGGCGGUUCUCGACGACAACUUGGACAACGACUCGAGCUAGGGGCGAACGACAAAAAGAAACAUACUAAAGGUCUACAUAAGGGCGGUCUUCCGGAAAGCGAACAGGAAAGCUUUCAAGCGUUACCGAGGCAGUUUGAAAGGGUGCCAGGAAAUGGCAGAAAAGUUUUACCCAACGUUCUGAUCUUCGGCUUGGACUCAGUGUCUCGGUUAUCGAUGAUGCGGCUACUUCCGAAGACCUACGAGUUCCUGGCGCGCAAGCUCGGCGCCAUUGUGUUCCGCGGCAUGAACAAGGUAGGAGACAACACGUACCCUAACCUCGUGGCUCUGCUCACCGGACUGGAGGCCUACAGACAGGUGUCACAUCCGGGCCCCACCGGUGACGCUUUCGACGGGACGCCUCUUGUGUGGAAGGACUUCCACGAGGCCGGCUACAGGACUCUCUUUGCGGAGGACUUCCCUCGGUUCGGCCUCUUCAACUACCUCGCCCGAGGGUUCGAGCGGCCACCGACGGAUCUCUACUUGCGGCCUUUUUGGCUGGCCGUUGAAGAUUCCUUCCUGCUGAGGUCCAGCUCCAGCCUGUGUUUCGGAAACGUCGUGAAGCAUCAGCUCCAGAUGGAGUACCUGCGGCGCUUCCUCGUUCAGUCGCGGAACAUGAGCCUCCCUUACUUUGCCUUCUCCUUUCUUGUGGAGAUCAGCCACGAGUACAUGCAACAGGUAGCAGCCGCGGACGACGACUUUGUUAGUUUUCUGUCCGAGUUGUUGACAGACGGCCACCUCGAUAACACGUUCCUCUUUUUUUUCUCCGACCACGGCCACCGAUUUGACUCCAUCAGGGAAACAUUUGUGGGCCGCAUAGAAGAAAGGCUGCCUUUCUUUGCGUUGCGCCCCCCUUCCAAGUCAGAUUGGCUUGACCCGGAAGUCGACUUGGACCCGAUUAAAAGUUUCCGGUUCAACUCUGGUAGGCUCACGUCCCCGUACGACACGUACGAGACUUUGCGAGACAUCUUGUCCUUGGGGCGGAACGGGUCGCAGACGGACAAAAGGGUAUCGGACUUUGGCAUCAGUUUAUUCCGGACAAUUCCAGCGAAUCGGACUUGCGAACAAGCCGGAGUGCCGUCACAGUACUGUUCCUGCGACUCAGAGACGCCGCUCGACUUGUCGGACCCUGUGGUUGCCAAAUCAGCUCUGGCUCUUGUUGAAAAAGUGAACCAACUUCUCGUAGACGGACUCGGAGAGCACUCGCAACGCUGCGCACGUCUGCAUAUGCAUCGCAUCCAUGACGCCCGUGAACUGACUGCUAGUCAGGCACCGCCGUCUGCUAAAAGCGGUCCUAACAUGGAUGUCGCUUCAUCAUCAUCUGCAGCAAACAUUGCCGCCACGACCGCAAUUGAUACCGCGUCGUCUGCUAAUGCAACAAGCGGCGUUCGGAGGUUAAGAGUGACCGUAGAAGUUGACCCCAGCGCCGCCAUGUUUGACGGAACGCUAUUGGUGUACGGUGACAUGGAUAUUAGGGUACUGGAGGACAUUAGUCGAAUUAAUAGGUAUGGCAACCAAUCGGCUUGCAUUGAACACGAAAUAUUGAGGAAAUACUGUUACUGUGCUCUCACAACGUAAAAUAAGCUGCGUCACAACUCAGCAUAUCUCGAAGCCACAUUGUUAGGCUUUAUGCAGCCGAGUCACAAAAUCAAUUUCCCCUCAAGGGUGCCGCCAAACGCAAGAGGACAGAAAUGAAGUCCCACCAGGAAAGGUUCACCCGCGAGUGUUAAUGUGUUCGUGUAAUUGUAGAAGUUAGUGCUGUGGUUUCAUCAUCUUCAGGAACCACUGCACUUGUGAGCUAAGCAGAACGUGCACUUGCACGCCAUGAAAUUAGUUUCUUCCAGCGACAACUAUUGCUCCACAUCUCUGCUCAUCAACAGCCUACCGAGCCGUAGGUUCAGCUGUUGUCUUGGAACCAAUGCGUUUUUUGUAAUAAUGAAUAAUGUACCCUGGUAUAAGUCAUUAGUAUACUGCCGGUGAGUCAUGAGCGUUUUAUACUUCCAUGUUAUCUUGUUGCCAAAACGUUCUUUGGAUGGGGAGGCAUGUGCAAUUGCACGCAGUGUUACUUUUUCGCAGCGAGAUGAUGAUCUCCAAGAAAAACUUUAUUACCGUGGUAUCUAGCAAUUACACAUGUCCGUGAUAACGAUUGACAGCAGCAUCUAGUAGAGAGUCUUGUUAAGCAACACAGUUCUUACCACUGUUAUCGCAUGUUUACUCAUUCUUUGUGAAUUGCUGAACAAUGACUGUUCUUCGUUGUCCAGCGGAAUGGUAGACGUCGAUGAAUUUUUUUGACGGAAGCAAAACUGUGACCCGCUUUCGGGAAACGGGAAGGACGUCGAAAAUGGUUCUUGGAUCUACAUUACGAAAGGUCUAGGAUUCGACUACAAUUACAACGUUUCAUUCACGCCACAGAAGUUACCGGCUGUUCUGCUUAGCUUCAAGCAAAAAAAAAAAAAAAUCCAAAUGCCUGCAUGGUCCUAAGCUCUAUUAUAGCUACGUUCGCAUGCACGGGAGUUUACAAAUAUUUGUGUUUUACGUUACGACAUGAGUUCCUGGUAAUACUUUACCCUUGUCCAUCUCUUGCUCAUGCGUUCACCAGUUAUGAGCCCAGGGUGGCUUAUGAGACAGAUCUGGCCAAGGGUAGACGGCGCCGCUUACAGCCUAUUUCACAUUUCCUUGUCAACUGACAACUCCCGGUCUUACCAAAAUCUGCUGUUGGCCAGCCUUGAAGCCUGUUCUAUUUGGCAUCAGCUCAGAACGCUAGGCCCAUCAUGCCGAUCUUGCCACCUUAUCAUGAUCAUGGUAUCUCGUUGGAUUGUGUGAUACUCUACAAGCUUAUUUGCAAUGAACAUGACCACGAGGAAGCUUCUGUUCUGCGUAUAAGCCGACGCUCUCAUCUAAACUUGUCGUUACAAGUUACUCACCCCGUGUCGACCAAUAUGCACUGUCUAUAUAAUUCAACUUAAUACACUGAAAUGAAAACCUACAAUGGCUAUUCAAUAUAGUUCCAACAGUGUUCUACAGCUCAAGUUAACGCUCGCUGACUGCCUCUAGUAAAUGUUUUUUUUUUGUUUUUUUUUCCGUUAUGCAGUUUUGAGGACACGUAGUCCUUCCUUGUUUCCGCUAAUACAGUCAUUUGUAUAUGUUAUUUGCGGAAAGGAUACCGCAUUAGGACAUUCGUGGAUAUCGGUUCUUAUGAGCCUUCAAUUAGAAGUGUGACACGAAGCGCGUGGUCCUGACAUUGAGGCUAAUGCGGCAAAACACAUCUAAAUGAGUUAGCUGUGGUCCUUACGGGAUGAACUAAAACAUCUAUUCGAGACCGCAGAACCCGCAAUUAGCGUUAUUACUCAAUCCAUUUGAUCUGUUAAAAAAUGGGGUGCGAGCUCAGUAAAGGUAUACGGUAUAGGUCGCUCUUGGCAAGGAACCCAGAUAUUCCUAUGCAUGGUCGUCUGGAAGACAUCUGCAAGACAUCUUUAGGACAUCUACAAGUUGUAUACGAGACAUCUGCAAGACAUCUUAGACGUCCAUAUGUUAUCUAUCCUUCGGGACGAUGUUUGUAAUGACUUCGAACGACUGUGGACCUUUGGAUGCAAGACAUCUUAGACGUCCAUAUGGUAUCUAUCCUUCGGGACGAUGUUUGUAAUGACUUCGAAUGACUGUGUACCUUUCUUGCCGAAUCGACAGACUCCUCACAUCCCAAAAGGGACAUUCGUGCUAUAUUUGCCUCGGACAUCAAGACCCCAGUUGCAUUCCACGAUGUUUUGCCGUCCUACAACCCUGCAUUUUACUGCUAAGUCAAUAUCUUGUUUUGUUAUAGCCUUCCUAUAGCCGUUUCACUUUUUUCUUGUAUAGUUUUACGCGAGGCCUAUAUACUAUACUGCCACGAACAAUCACUUCCCUCGUACGAAAUCCCCUUCCUCAAAACCUCUAGUCCCACAUACAUCUUUGGCCAUCCCCUUCCCAUGUGGUCCAAUAAAUAACUAAGUCGUAUUCACGGCCAUGGCGGAAUUAUGCAGUGGAAUCGACUGUGUUUCCUCUCUGGAAGAUAUGUUUAUACUGUGGACGUUUUUUCGAAAGAUUUGGUGGGCCCUAGUUGUAAGUGUCCAGGGCGCAUGCAACUGAUAGGAAACGAUGUGUGUGUACUUCACUCGAGGAAUAUGCGGUUGUAUCGGAAAGAUGCAUAUUUUACCAACGAAAGUCAAA